AUGACAAGCUAUGGCGGCGGACGCGUGCCCGGCGCGAGGAGGGAGAGGGUGAAGGGCUACCUGAGGGCGGCUAACGAGUUAAGACAGACAUACCAGGCACAAAUCCAGCAGAAACUCCAGGAAGGCGAUGGAGGUGUGCCGAGAGACUGGCCUGACGCCGAGAUUGUGAGGAGUGGGAAUGAGGAAAUGCUCCUGUUCCCUAGCUAUGCAAGAAAACAUACGAAAAGGAAGACUCGGCCUGACGAAGAAGCUCGAUAUCAGCCUGGGACACACGAGUCGCUGGAGACGCCACACAGCAGUGGAGAUGCCGACUACUGGAAGCGAGAAUGGGAAAAGUACGAGGACGCCAAUGCCAUUGUCGACGUCGACGUGAGAGGUUGGAUCUAUUCCCCUCAAUCAGGUCCCCUGAACAGGAAGAAUCGCCUUCUGGUAGCCGUGGCGCGAAGACUCAGCGGAAUAUACGCACCUACACCCAGUCCGACGACAUCAAGAUCGUCGAGUCUGGCGCCUGCCGACCGUGCAGGCUCUGACGACAGUCCGUCCCGGCGUGAGGAUGAGCUCGCCGCACGAGAAGCCGAAAGUAUCGCCCGGCGUGGACAGAGAGAGGCGGAUGCCGCAGUCAGGGGAGAUUACAGCUCGAGCGUCUCUCGAGGCGGCACUCCGGCCGGUAGUAGAUCGAAUUCGCCAACGCGGUCACUCAAUACAAAUGCAGAUACCGACGAUGACGACCCGAGCCAUCAAUCCGUGAUUAAGCGUCAAUCCUGGAGCGAACCUGCAAACAUGAGCCGAGACCAGCUGGCGGCCGCAAAUGAACUACUAUUGACUCGACUGGGACCGUUCAUGUCUAUGCCCACAGCGCAUGUGCCGAUUACCGUCUUCUUCUACAACAAGGAAAAGUCCAUCUCCAAGUCUGUGACUACUGAUGAUUCUGGUCACUUCAAUCUGCGAGCUGCUCUUGAUUUUAUUCCUGACCAAGUCAGGGUUCUUGCGUCGGAAAAGUUGUCGGCAGUCGAGGACGUCAUCAUCACAGACCACGCCGGUGUGAGCCUGAUCAGUGACAUCGACGACACCAUCAAGCACUCGGCCAUUGGGAAUGGGGCCAGAGAAAUCUUCAAGAAUACCUUUAUUCGGGAAUUGUCUGACCUGACCAUUAAGGGCGUCAAGGAGUGGUAUACUAAACUGGCUAACAUGGGCGUCAAGCUGCAUUACGUUUCCAAUUCGCCGUGGCAACUAUAUCCUUUACUCCGGAGUUAUUUCUCCCUUGCUGGACUGCCUCCUGGCUCCUUCCACCUCAAGCAGUAUUCCGGAAUGCUGCAGGGGAUAUUCGAGCCCGCAGCCGAAAAGAAACGUGGCUCGUUGGAUCGGAUCAUGAAGGACUUUCCUGAAAGGAAAUUUAUUCUUGUCGGCGACAGUGGAGAGGCUGAUCUGGAAGUGUACACUGAUGUUGUGCUGGAGCACCCCGGGCGGAUACUUGGUGUAUUCAUUCGAGAUGUGACCACACCCAUAAAGAAAGGCUUUUUCGACCAAGCGAUAUCCAAUACGCCUCCUGACUCCAUGAUCACCAGGGAAGGACGAGUUAGUCGGUCGUCAGACGACGCGCGUGCCGAUGAUUCGGCGAGUAGGCCCGCUCUGCCUACAAGGCCGAAGUCGAUAGCGGAUCCUAGGGCAGCCGAGGGAGACCUCAUCGACUUCACUGACGAUCCGAUCGCGAAACCAAGUUCACCCAAGUCUUCGACAUACUCGGAUGACCUGCAGAAGCUUGAUACAAAUGGCAAAUCGAACGGCCCGCCAGCCAAACCGAAGAAACCGUCAAGUCUGCGAAAUUUCUCAACUCAAGCACCGACACCUCCUACAAACCAUGAGAGAUUAUCAGCUUCUUCAGAUACCGAGGCCCAAGACGCCGUGAAAAAGAAAUCUCCGCCACCACCGCCUGCCCCCCGUCGAGUUGGGCGAACACCUUUUGACAGCGUGAGUCCCGACAGCGCAGAGUCUACGCCGCAAUCUCAGCCUUCGUCAAGAGCACCUUUCUCUUCUGCCCGCCAGAACCAAGCACCGCCUCCACCUCUCUCCCGCACAGCCACAUCUGGAAGUACUACGUCUUCGCAUAACGACGAAGGCUACGUGGCGUCAGCCCGCCGCCAAAUCUCCUCCGCAUACAACGCCCUCCCUGCCAUCCGCUCGCAGGCACCUUCCAGUACGUCCGAUUCGAGCUCCUUGUCCUCGUCCUCAGACCACCGACCAAACCCACCCCUUCCCAUUCGCCGAAACCUUUCCUCCUACCCCGCUGCUGCGGCCCGCUGGGCCACCGGCUCCGACACAUACAAUUUACCUGGAGGCGGGACGGGCCAGCUGGGCGCCCCUAGUGCAGCCACCGAAGGCGCCCCCUACGAUAAGAAGAUCGAGAUCUGGCGGAGACGGUGGGCCCGUGCCGAGGAGAUUAUGCGGGCGAGGAAAGUGGUGCUGCGGUCGUGGAGGGUCGGUGGCGAUGUCAUGGACGAGAGUGUCAGGCUUGUGAAGCGGGAGUUGGAGCGUCAGGAAAGGGAAAGAGAAAGGGAAAGGCAGAGGUCGUGA